AGUGCACACUGGAAUCCUGCUGUACGAAAAACUGACAUUCACGUAAAUCUCCGCAGGCCGUCUCGAGAUGAUCUUCACCGCCAUCGCCGUCUUCACACUCAUUCUCUGCCUGCUGCUCCGGCUCAUGUGCCUCCGGAGCGAGAGCCGCCCGCUCCAAAGCUUCCUCACGCCGCUCCCGCCGCCGCAACGUGAUCGCGAGGCCUUGCCGCAUCCCUCGCAUUCGAAGACGCGCAGCGAGCAGAUAUAUCAGACGAUCUUCUUGUCCACGCUCCCGAUCGCCGCGCCGCAGCCCCCGCCCGCGAUGUACACUGUGCCCGGCGUACCUGCGCUCGCGCCCAGGCGGCACUGACGAACUCGUGGGCGUCGCGGCACACCCGCAAGGAUUCUCGGGCGAGGUGCGUGAGAUGCGAGAACGCAAGCUCCGUAAGCUGCCGUUGCAUGACGCCAAGGACACGUCGCCGAAGUACGAACAGGCACUUUACAUGUGUGCGCCCACGCGACACUUAGCGAGGUGCGAGGUGGCGGGCACAAUUACGGGCUGUGUCUAUGCUAUGAGGCGAGUUCAUGACGCUAGCUGAAGGCAAGCUUAUGUCAUGCACAAUGACUUGCCUCAGAGAAAGGUAUGAUGGAAGCCCCGCCGCUGAUGGCAUGUGCGGAUGAGGUCGAUGAGCAUUGCCUGCGAUCUCGGGAGACGGUAAUACUGACAACGGCUUAG